AUGAUGAAGCUGUAUAUUGAUGAAUCACAAGACAAAUUCAAAGGAUUGUGCUUGUUUUUUGUACGUGCUCGAAAUGAUAUUGCCGUGAAUGUGAAAUCUAUGCAUGAGGAUACGUACUUCUCAGUACUAGAUGGGAGCGAAGGUCUCCUCCUUGGAAUCAAGAAUAUUAUCACAAAUGUAUUUUUACCAGCUAUCCUUGCAACUAGCAAUUGGGGUGCUUUAAAUCAAACCAAGCAGGGAGAAUGUGAAAAGCAGAGUUUUACUGAAACUCUUAACAGAUACCUUUCAUUUUUGGAUGGUGCUAGAGUGAGCAUUGAAGGGACUGUACAGUUGAGAAAAAUAGAUUACAUUGACUUUGCUAAACUCCAGUCUUUUGAGGAAGUGACAGCAGCAGCUGCUAAUCCUGAUACCCUUCAUCAGUUAGAGGAUGUGCUUAUGAUCUGGUAUAAGCAAAUUGAACAAGUUUUGAUUGAGAGUGAGCAAAUAAGAAAAGAAGCUGAUGACUCAGGACCUCUGACUGAACUAGAGCACUGGAAGCGUAUGUCCGCUAAAUUUAAUUUUAUAAUUGAACAGAUCAAAGGACCAAAUUGCAAGAGUGUCAUAAAUACUCUAAAUGUUUCACGCUCCAAAAUAAUAAAGCUAUGGAGAGAAUUGGAUGCUAGGAUAACAGACACAGCAAAUGAAUCAAAAGACAAUGUGAGAUAUUUAUACACACUUGAAAAAGUUUGCCAGCCUCUCUAUAACUAUGAUUUAGUUUCCAUGGCCCAUGGAAUACAAAACUUGAUUAAUGCUAUACGAAUGAUACACAGCGUCUCACGAUAUUACAAUACUUCUGAAAGAAUGACAUCACUGUUUGUAAAGGUUACAAAUCAGAUGGUAACAGCAUGUAAAGCAUACAUUACUGAUGGAGGCUUUAGUCGUGUAUGGGAACAGGAUACCCCAACAGUAAUUAAGAAAAUUCAGGACUGCAUUUUUCUGUUUGACGAGUAUCAGAAAAGUUUUCACAAAACAAGAAAACAAAUUUUGGAGACUUCCGGAGAGAAAAUAUUUGAAGUAUCAGAGAUGUAUAUUUUUGGCAAAUUUGAAGCUUUUUGUAAAAGACUAGAAAAAAUUACUGAAAUGAUAACCAUAGUUCAAACUUUUUCUGCACUGAGUAUGUCUACCAUUGAAGGAAUUGAUAUUAUGGCAAUUAAGUUCAAAAAUAUUUAUCAAAGUGUUCAAAAGAAAAAAUACGAUAUUCUAGAUCCAAGGAAAACCGAAUUUGAUUUAGAUUUUGCUGAUUUCAUGUCAAAAAUUGAAGGUUUAGAGGUUCAGAUACAAUCAUUUAUGAGAACUUGUUUUGGAAGAAUCUUGUCUUCACAACAUGCUGUCCAACUGCUUCAAAGGUUUCAGAAGCUGAAUAUGCCCUGUCUCCAACAUGAAAUUGCGCGUACUAUUGGAUGUAUUCUUCAGCAUUAUGUUGCAGAACUUGAAGCCACUAAAAAGCUUUAUCAGGUUCAAAAAGAUGAUCCUCCUCUGGCUCGUAAUAUGCCCCCAGUAGCUGGAAAGAUCUUAUGGGUCAGGCAGCUGUUCAGGCGCAUAAAUGAACCAAUCGACUAUUUUUAUAAAAAUUCAGAUAUUUUGGCAAGUCCAGAAGGUAAAGCAGUUGUCCGAUUGUACAACAAAAUUUCCUAUGUGCUGGUGGAAUUUGAGGUACUCUAUCACACAGCUUGGAUGAAGGAAAUUUCACAGCUACAAUAUGCCUUGCAAGUAACACUUUUGGUACGUCAUCCUGAAACUGGAAAGCUACUGGUUAAUUUUGACCCCAAAAUCUUAGAGAUUGUCCGAGAAACAAAAUGUAUGAUAAAGAUGGGACUCGAUGUACCAGAGCAGGCAAAGAGAAUAGUUAAAAUUGAAAAUGAGGUUAAGACAAAUAAAUUACGUUUGGAGGGUAUUCUAGAAUGUUAUGAAAAUUUGUGCCAGGAAGUGCCAACUGUGUUUAUGAAUUUGAUGGCACCAAAAAUGAAGAAGGUGGAAUCUGUGUUGAGACAAGGACUUACUAUUUUAACAUGGUCAUCUUUGACUUUAGAUAGCUUCUUCCAAGAAGUUCAUGAAGUCAUGAAAAUGUUUAAUCAGCUUUUGAAAAAGAUUAAUGACUUGUGUGAAAUGCAGAUUGAUUUAACACUGAAAGAUAUAUCAAAUACUCUUCUGCUUGUACUACCGGAGAGUGCUACAAAAGUGGAGGAUUUAUUGGCACGCAAUGAGACAUAUACCAAAGAAUGGGCUGAAAUAUUAAACAACAAAAGCCGACACAUAGAAGAUGCUGUACAUGAGCUGAUAUCUAUAUUUGAGCAAAUUUAUGAAGUCAAGCGUGUUAAAAAGCUGCCUGUCAAAAAAAUUCCAGCACAAGGGAAGCAUGUAGCAUUUGGAAGUGAAGCAGCAGAGCUAGAGUCUUCUGGAAUUUCGAUUGUUUCCAAUGAAGAUGCUGAGGACAGUGAGAAGGAAGAUGAGUUUAAAAAGGAAUGCAAAGAAGUCAUUGCAUAUUUUAGUCAUCAGCUGUUGGAUAGCCUGCAGAAAGCCACUCGAUUGUCUUUGGAUGCUCUUAAAAGAAGAAUGUUUGUUGCAAGCACAUUUGGACGGCCAACUUAUUUGCCUCAGGUUGCUAUUAAGCAUGAAGAUGUCGUUUCAUUUCUAAAAGCUGAAGUGCAUUUAGCUAUUCCAAAUGUGAUAAUGGUGCCAAGUUUAGAUGAUAUCCAGCAGUCCAUCAAUCGUAUGAUACAGUUGACCCUGGAUGUAAGCCGUGGUGUAGCACACUGGGGACAGCAACACAUGCGGAAAUCUAACACAGCACUGGAGGGCAAUGCACCUUUAUCACCUACCCAUUCAGGAGGAAAAGCAACCAAAAAAGAUGAAAAAACAGUGGAAGAAACAUUUCCAGCAAGGAAGUUGAGAAAUUUUUAUCCAGGUGUUGCAGAACAUAAAGAUAUUUCCAAAUUAGUUGUGCUUCUUUCGUCAUCUGUAAACUCUGUACGUAAAGCAGCCAGUGAAGCCCUAUUAGACUUUCAAAAAUAUAAAGCUCUGUGGACAGAAGACAGAGAUGCUAAAAUUCAGCAAUUUCUGAACAGUAAUCCCUCUCUGACUGAGAUAAGAGCAGAAAUUCUUCAUUAUGCAACCUUUGAACAAGAAAUAGAAGAAUUAAAACCUACCAUUUCUGUUGGCCCCAUUGAACUGAAUACAGGGCCAAUGAAACUGGCUCUCUCAAUUGAAGCCAAAGCAUGGAAAAUGUUACUGUGUCGCUAUCUAAAUGAAGAAUACAAAAAGAAAAUGCAAGACAUGAUAUCCUUCAUGACAGAAUAUUUGAAAAAGCUAUCUCGGCCUAUUCGAGAUUUGGAUGAUGUCAGAUUUGCUAUGGAAGCUCUAGCUAACAUACGUGACAAGGAAAUAGAAAUGGAUAUGACCUUGGGGCCUAUUGAAGAAGCCUAUACAAUUUUAAAUAGAUUUGAAGUUGAAGUGACAAAGGAGGAAUCAGAAGGAGUUGAUACACUGCGGUACUCUUUUAACAAGUUACAAAGCAAAGCAUCUAGUGUUCAAGAUGAGUUAAUUCUGGUGCAGCCCAAGUUCAAGGCUCAACUAUUGGAUGCUGUUGAGGUUUUCCGUGAGGAUGUAUCCUCCUAUGAAGUAGCGUAUGAGAUGGAAGGACCUAUGGUUCCAAAUACACCACCUCAAGAAGCUAGCAAUAGAUUACAGAUAUUCCAGGCCAAUUUUGAUGAGCUCUGGAGGAAAUUUGUUACUUAUUCAUCUGGUGAGCAGCUCUUUGGAUUGCCUGUCACAAUGAUGAAUUGAGAUUUACAUAAAAUCAGAAAGGAGCUAAGUUUGCUUCAAAAAUUAUAUGGAUUGUAUGACACUGUGAUGAAUAAUAUUAGUGGGUAUUAUGAAAUUCUCUGGGGAGAUGUAGACAUUGAAAAAAUCAAUGCUGAACUUCUGGAGUUUCAGAAUAGGUGCCGCAAACUACCCAAAGGGCUUAAAGAUUGGCAAGCAUUUUUAGAUCUUAAAAAAAGAAUAGAUGAUUUCAGUGAAUCAUGCCCACUGUUAGAAAUGAUGACCAAUAAAGCAAUGAAACUGAGACACUGGAACCGCAUUUCUGAAACAACUUCACAUCCAUUUGAUGUAGAAUCUGAUUCCUUUUGCCUUCGGAAUAUCAUGGAAGCACCACUUCUCAAGCACAAAGAUGAUAUCGAGGAUAUUUGCAUAUCUGCUAUAAAAGAAAAAGAUAUUGAAGCUAAGUUGGCUCAGGUGGUUGACAGUUGGGCAAAUCAGACCCUGAGUUUUUCAGCAUUCAAGGGAAGAGGGGAGUUGCUUCUCAAGGGAACUGAAUCUUCUGAAAUUAUUACACUGAUGGAAGACAGCUUAAUGGUCCUGGGCUCUUUACUUAGUAACAGAUAUAAUACACCAUUUAAAAAGGAUAUUCAGAACUGGGUGUUCAAACUCAGUACCUCCAGUGAUAUAAUUGAAGAAUGGUUGGUUGUACAAAACCUUUGGGUUUACCUUGAAGCUGUUUUUGUAGGAGGAGAUAUUGCCAAGCAGUUACCCCAGGAAGCAAAGCGAUUUCAAAAUAUUGAUAAAUCAUGGAUAAAAAUAAUGCAACGUGCUCACGAAAACCCGAACGUUGUUAGCUGUUGUGUUGGAGAUGAGACCAUGGGCCAACUUCUACCGCAUUUGCAUGAGCAGCUGGAAGUGUGCCAGAAGUCACUUACAGGGUAUUUGGAAAAGAAAAGAUUGCUGUUUCCCAGAUUCUUUUUUAUAUCUGAUCCUGCUCUUCUAGAAAUACUUGGACAGGCUAGUGAUUCACACACUAUUCAGCCACACCUGCCUGGUUUGUCAGACAACAUAAAUGAAGUGGAAUUUCAUCCUAAAGAUUAUGAUCGCAUAAUGGCAGUCAUAUCAAGAGAAGGCGAAAAAAUUCCUUUGGAUACCCCAGUGAAUGCAAAAGGACCUGUAGAACUCUGGCUGAUGGAUCUAUUGAGAAUGCAGCAGUCUUCAUUACACUGUGUAAUUCGAGCAGCAUUUUAUCAGAUUAGUGAUCCAGGGUACCAGCUGCUGAACUUCCUUUAUCAUUUUCCAGCACAGGUAGGGUUGCUGGGAAUUCAGAUGCUAUGGACACAUGAUUCGGAAGAAGCCUUAAUCAGUGCAAAAGAUGAUAGAAAAGUCAUGUCAGUAACCAAUCAGAAAUUUCUGGAUAUUCUAAAUACUCUUAUUGGACAGACUACCCACGAUCUUUCAAAGUUUGACAGAGUGAAAUUUGAAACCCUUAUUACCAUUCAUGUGCAUCAGCGUGAUAUAUUUGAUGACUUGGUUAAAAUGCAUAUCAGAUCAGUGACUGAUUUUGAAUGGUUAAAGCAGAGCAGGUUUUAUUUUAAGGAAGAUCUGGAUCUAACAUUAGUAUCCAUCACUGAUGUGGAUUUUAUUUACCAAAAUGAAUUUCUGGGAUGUACAGAUCGCUUGGUCAUAACACCUUUAACGGACAGAUGCUACAUUACCUUGGCUCAGGCUCUAGGAAUGAACAUGGGAGGAGCUCCAGCAGGACCUGCUGGAACUGGUAAAACAGAAACCACAAAAGACAUGGGAAAAGCUUUGGGGAAAUAUGUAGUAGUAUUUAACUGUUCAGAUCAAAUGGAUUUCAGAGGACUGGGCCGAAUUUUCAAAGGUCUUGCACAAUCUGGUUCCUGGGGAUGCUUUGAUGAGUUUAACAGAAUUGAAUUACCGGUGUUGUCAGUAGCAGCUCAGCAAAUUUAUAUAAUUUUGACAGCAAGGAAAGAAAGGAAGAAGCAAUUCAUAUUUUCUGAUGGAGAUGUUGUAGAUUUAAAUCCAGAAUUUGGAAUUUUUCUGACAAUGAAUCCUGGCUAUGCUGGUCGCCAGGAACUGCCAGAAAAUCUGAAGAUUCAGUUUAGAACUGUUGCUAUGAUGGUUCCAGACAGACAGAUAAUCAUGAGAGUGAAACUUGCAAGCUGUGGCUUUAUUGAAAACGUUAUAUUGGCUCAGAAAUUCUUUGUCCUUUAUAAGCUUUGUGAAGAGCAGCUUACUAAGCAGGUUCAUUAUGACUUUGGCCUGAGAAAUAUCCUUUCAGUAUUGAGAACUCUUGGAUCUCAGAAGAGAGCCAGACCAGAUGACAGUGAAUUGUGUACAGUCAUGAGAGGGCUAAGGGAUAUGAAUCUGUCUAAACUUGUAGAUGAAGAUGAACCCUUAUUUCUUAGUCUUAUCAAUGACUUGUUUCCUGGGUUAGUGCUAGACAGCAAUACAUAUGUUGAACUUCAAGCAGCUGUUGCAAAUCAGGUUGAAGAGGCAGGACUGAUUAAUCACCCACCCUGGAAUCUCAAGCUUGUACAGUUGUAUGAAACUUCCAAAGUGCGCCAUGGGUUGAUGACACUCGGACCCAGUGGAUCUGGAAAAACAGCUGUUAUAACUAUGCUGAUGAGGGCAAUGACAGAAUGUGGAUAUCCUCAUAGAGAAAUGCGUAUGAACCCUAAAGCUAUUACUGCCCCUCAGAUGUUUGGCAAACUGGAUACAGCAACUAAUGAUUGGACAGAUGGAAUCUUUUCCACGUUGUGGAGAAAAACUCUUAAAGCUAAAAAAGGAGAGAAUAUUUUCCUAGUUCUAGAUGGCCCUGUAGAUGCCAUUUGGAUUGAAAAUCUGAAUUCAGUGUUGGAUGAUAAUAAGACCCUCACUUUAGCAAAUGGUGAUCGGAUUCCCAUGUCUCCUACUUGCAAGCUGCUUUUUGAAGUUCAUAACAUCGAAAAUGCUUCUCCUGCUACGGUUUCUAGAAUGGGUAUGGUAUAUAUCAGUUCUUCUGCCUUAAGCUGGAGGCCAAUAUUGCAGGGUUGGCUGAAGACACGCACUCCCCAAGAAGCUGAUGUUCUGUUAAGCUUAUAUGAUAAAGUGUUUGAAGCAGCGUAUACCCACAUGAAACUAAACCUUGCCCCCAAAAUGGAGCUUUUGGAAUGCAACUACAUUAUGCAGUCCAUUAACCUUUUGGAAGGUCUGAUACCUUCAAAGGAAGAAGGUGGUAUAUCAUGCUUGGGACAUCUUCAUAAACUGUUUGUGUUUGGCCUGAUGUGGAGUUUAGGCUCCCUUCUAGAAUUGGAAAACAGGGAUAAGUUGGAAGCCUUUUUGAGAAGUCAUGAAAGCAAAAUCGAUUUGCCACAUAUCCCUAAAGACACCAUACAAACAAUGUACGAGUUUUAUGUCAGUGAUUGCGGAGACUGGGAGCACUGGAAUAAAAAGGUUCAGGAAUAUAUUUAUCCAACAGACAGCAUUCCUGAGUAUUCAUCUAUUCUGGUUCCAAAUGUUGAUAAUGUUAGGACGCAGUUUUUGAUAGAUACCAUAGCAAAACAACACAAAGCAGUGUUGCUCAUUGGUGAACAAGGUACUGCAAAGACUGUAAUGAUUAAAGGCUAUUUAAAAAAAUAUGAUCCUGAAGAACAUUUAUCAAAAAGUUUAAAUUUUUCUUCAGCAACAGAACCUGGCAUGUUUCAGAGGACAAUAGAAAGUUAUGUGGACAAAAGGAUGGGCAGUACAUAUGGACCUCCAGGUGGCAGAAAAAUGACUAUAUUCAUUGAUGAUAUUAACAUGCCAAUUAUUAAUGAAUGGGGAGAUCAGGUAACAAAUGAAAUUGUGCGGCAAAUGAUGGAAAUGGAAGGGAUGUACAGCUUGGAUAAACCUGGAGACUUUACUACGAUUGUUGAUGUGCAGUUAAUAGCUGCAAUGAUUCACCCAGGAGGAGGCCGAAAUGAUAUUCCACAGCGCUUAAAGAGGCAAUUUACUGUGUUUAACUGCACGCUGCCAUCUAAUGCAUCCAUAGACAAAAUAUUUGGUAUAAUUGGUUGUGGAUACUUCCAUGCGUGUAGAUCUUUUAAACCAGAAAUAAGUGAAAUGAUAAUGAAAUUAGUAUCAGCAGGCAGAAUAUUAUGGCAAUGGACUAAGGUGAAGAUGCUUCCCACACCAUCCAAAUUCCAUUACAUCUUCAAUCUUCGAGACCUUUCCAGAAUUUGGCAAGGAAUGUUAACUGUAAAAGCAGAUGAAUGUGUCAGUGUUGAUACUCUCCUGGCACUAUUUAAACAUGAAUGCACUAGAGUAAUUGCUGACAGGUUUGUGUGUGAAGAAGAUGAAAUUUGGUUUGACAGAAACUUUAGUAGGGCAAUUGAUGAGCAUGUUGAUGCAGAAUUAGUAUCAGUUAUCCAACCAGAGCCAUAUUUUGUAGAUUUUCUGCGAGAUAUGCCUGAACCAACUGGUGAAGAGCCUGAAGAUUUCGUGUUUGAAGCACCCAAAAUUUAUGAACUGAUUCCAAGCUUUGAAUUUUUAUGUGAAAAACUGCAGUUUUACCAGAAACAAUUCAAUGAAUCUGUUAGAGGAUCAUUCCUUGAUUUGGUGUUUUUCAAAGAUGCAAUAACACAUCUUGUUAAGAUUUCCCGAAUAAUUCGGACAGCAUGUGGAAAUGCUUUACUUGUAGGAGUUGGUGGUUCUGGAAAACAGAGUCUGUCAAGACUGGCCUCUUUUAUAGCUGGAUACAAAAUAUUUCAAAUAACUUUAACUAGAUCAUACAAUGCGUCAAAUCUCACAGAUGAUCUAAAGAUUUUAUAUAGAGUUGCUGGAGCUGAAGGAAAAGGAAUCACAUUCAUUUUCACAGAUAAUGAAAUAAAAGAUGAGGCAUUUCUUGAAUAUCUUAACAAUCUGCUUUCUUCUGGAGAGAUCUCCAAUUUAUUUCCUCGAGAUGAACUUGAUGAAAUAACUCAAGGACUGAUAUCUGUAAUGAAAAAAGAGUUACCACGAGUUCCACCAACUUUUGAUAAUCUUUACGAAUAUUUUAUAUCACGAUCCAGGAAAAAUCUUCAUGUUGUUCUCUGCUUUUCUCCAGUUGGUGAGAAAUUUCGCGCACGCUCUUUGAAAUUUCCUGGUCUUAUAUCAGGUUGUACCAUGGAUUGGUUCACUCGGUGGCCCAAGGAAGCCCUUGUUGCUGUAUCCCAUUAUUUUCUGUCAGGAUUUAACAUUGUCUGUUCUGCUGAAGUAAAAUCACAAGUAGUAGAAACGAUGGGCAUCUUUCAUGACCUUGUUUCAGAAAGCUGUGAGAAUUAUUUCCAAAGAUACCGACGAAGAGCUCAUGUCACACCCAAGUCAUAUCUUUCUUUCAUUAAUGGCUAUAAGGAAGUUUAUAGUGAUAAGUUAUCCAGCAUUAAUGAGCAAGCCGAGCGUAUGCACAUUGGUCUUUCUAAACUGAUGGAGGCAAGUGAAUCUGUUGCUAAACUCUCUCAGGAACUGGCAGUGAAAGAGAAGGAACUGGCUUUGGCUUCUGUAAAAGCAGACAAAGUGUUGGCAGAAGUAACAGUAAGUGCUGAGGCUUCAGCUAAAGUGAAAAAUGAAGUUCAAGGUGUGAAAGACAAAGCACAAAAGAUUGUUGAUGAAAUUGAUUCAGAGAAAGUGGUAGCUGAAGCAAAGCUUGAGGCAGCCAGACCAGCAUUAGAAGAAGCAGAAGCUGCUUUGAAUACUAUCAAACCAGCAGAUAUUGCAACCGUUCGAAAACUUGCCAAGCCACCUCAUCUGAUCAUGAGGAUCAUGGAUUGCUGUCUGUUAUUGUUCCAAAAGAAAAUAGACCCAGUAACAAUGGACCCAGAAAAGCCUUGCUUGAAACCAUCAUGGAGCGAGUCUUUGAAACUAAUGAGUGGGCCAUUUCUGCAGAGUCUCCAGCAGUUUGCGAAAGAUUCGAUUAAUGAAGAAACAGUGGAAUUGUUGCAGCCUUAUUUUCAAAUGGAGGAUUAUACUUUUGAAAAUGGUAAAAAGGUCUGUGGUAAUGUGGCAGGCCUCCUUUCUUGGACACAAGCUAUGGCAAUAUUCUAUGGCAUAAACAGAGAAGUGUUGCCUCUUAAGGACCUUUUGAAUGAUGCAGAAAUGUGCAGAAAAAAGAUGCAGGCAGCUUCUACACUGAUAGAUGGCUUGAGUGGAGAGAAAAUUAGAUGGACCCAACAAAGUAAAGAGUUCCGAGCCCAGAUAAACAGGAGUAUUCCAGGAGGCAGUGUCAUUCAGUAUAGAGGUCAAGCUUUCAUACGGAAAGCAAGCAACAUCCAGUCCAAAGACCAAUUUCAGAAUCUCAGUUCUUUGGUGGAUGAUGAAUCUUUGAUUGGUGUUUUGCGAACCACCAAACAAACUGCUAUGGAGGUAUCAGAAAAACUGGAGGUUGCGGGAGAGACAGAGAAAAAAAUUAACACAGCACAAGAGGAAUAUCGUCCUGCUGCUACACGAGGAAGCAUUCUUUAUUUUCUUAUCACAGAAAUGAGCAUGGUCAAUACUAUGUACCAAACUUCACUGGCUCAAUUUCUAAAACUAUUUGAUCAGUCAAUGGCAAGAUCUGAGAAAUCCCCUAUCCCACAGAAAAGAAUCUCAAAUAUUAUAGAUUUUUUGACAUAUGAAACAUUUGUAUACUCUGUUAGAGGCUUGUAUGAAAACCACAAAUUUCUCUUUACACUGCUUCUGACAUUAAAAAUUGAUCUUCAGAGGGGCCAAGUGAAGCCAAAGGAAUUCCAAGCACUCAUUAAAGGGGGUGCAGCACUGGAUCUAAAAGCAUGUCCUCCUAAACCAUUCCGGUGGAUUCUUGAUAUGACAUGGCUGAAUCUAGUGGAGCUGAGCAAACUGCCACAGUUUUCUGAAAUCAUGAACCAGAUCUGUCGUAACGAGAAGGGAUGGAAAAGUUGGUUUGAUAAGGAUGCUCCAGAAGAAGAAGUUAUUCCUGAUGGAUAUAAUGACUCUCUAGAUACUUGUCGUAAACUUUUGCUUAUCAGGUCUUGGUGUCCAGAUCGCACAGUUUCCCAAGCCAGGAAAUACAUUGCAGAUUCAUUGAAUGAGAGAUAUACAGAGCCAGUCAUUUUAAAUUUAGAAAAAACUUGGGAGGAAAGUGAUAGGCGAACACCACUCAUCUGCUUUUUAUCAAUGGGAUCUGACCCAACUAUCCAGAUUGAUGCCUUGGCGAGGAAACUUAAACUGGAAAACAGAGCUAUCUCUAUGGGUCAGGGACAAGAAGUUCAUGCCCGCAAACUAAUACAGAUGUCAAUGGUCCAGGGUGGCUGGGUGCUGCUUCAGAACUGCCAUCUAGGUCUAGAGUUUAUGGAAGAGCUUUUGGAAACAUUGCUGACUGCUGAUAUUCCUGAUGACAGCUUCCGCGUUUGGAUAACCACUGAACCACACAUUAAGUUUCCAAUUACUUUGCUGCAGUCUUCAAUAAAAUUCACAAAUGAACCACCACAGGGUGUUCGCGCAGGUCUGAAAAGAACAUUUUCUGGUAUUAACCAAGAUUUGCUUGAUAUCAGCAACAUGCCCAUGUGGAAGCCCCUUCUCUACACUGUCGCUUUCCUGCAUUCCACUGUUCAGGAAAGGCGCAAAUUUGGUCCUUUGGGCUGGAAUAUUCCCUAUGAAUUCAACUCGGCAGACUUCACAGCAAGUGUUCAAUUUAUACAGAAUCACUUGGAUGAAUGUGACAUUAAGAAAGGAAUAUCUUGGAGUACAGUCCGAUAUAUGAUUGGAGAGGUUCAGUAUGGAGGCAGGGUCACAGAUGACUAUGAUAAGCGUCUCCUUAAUUGCUUUGCAAGAGUCUGGUUCAGUGAAAAAAUGUUUGAGAGUACAUUCUGUUUUUACACUGGAUACAAAAUUCCAGUAUGUAAAACUCUGGAUCAGUAUCAUGACUAUAUUUCGACUCUUCCUAGCAUGGACAGUCCAGAAGUUUUUGGUCUUCAUCCAAAUGCAGAUAUAACGUAUCAGAGUAAUACAGCAGCUGAUGUUUUGGACACUAUAACAAAUAUUCAGCCAAAAGAAAGUGGAGGUGGAGUAGGAGAAACUCGAGAAGCCAUUGUCUAUCGAUUAGCUGAAGAUAUGCUUGAGAAACUACCUCCUGAUUAUAUACCCCAUGAGGUUAAAGCUCGCUUGAUUAAAAUGGGUCAUCUCAAUUCUAUGAAUAUUUUCCUUCGUCAAGAAAUUGACCGAAUGCAAAAAGUUAUUAAAAUAGUUCGGAAUAGUCUGAGUGAUCUUAAAUUAGCUAUUGAAGGCACUAUUAUUAUGAGUGAGAACUUAAGAGAUGCACUUGAUAACAUGUAUGAUGCUCGAAUUCCUCAACUGUGGAAACGUGUGUCUUGGGAUUCUUCCACCCUUGGAUUCUGGUUUACUGAACUCUUGGAGAGGAACAACCAGUUUCGAGUCUGGAUUUUUGAAGGCAGACCAUAUGUAUUUUGGAUGACUGGAUUUUUCAAUCCUCAAGGUUUUCUCACAGCUAUGAGGCAAGAAGUGACUCGAGCACACAAAGGGUGGGCCUUGGAUACGGUCACCAUUCAUAAUGAAGUGCUGAAACAAGUUAGAGAAGAAAUCACAGCAGCUCCCGUUGAAGGUGUAUAUAUUUAUGGAUUGUACUUGGAUGGAGCUGGAUGGGAUAGGCGAAAUAAUAAACUCACAGAAUCUACUGCAAAGAUUCUUUUCACGAUACUUCCAGUUGUACAUAUAUUUGCAAUUAAUACAACUGGACCAAGAGAUCCCAAACUCUAUGUUUGCCCAAUUUACAAGAAGCCAAGAAGAACCGAUUUGACCUACAUCACUGCAAUCUAUCUGAGGACAACUGUGUCUCCAGAUCAUUGGAUACUGAGAGGAGUGGCCCUCCUGUGUGACGUCAAAUAAAUACUUAACUUUAGAUUACUAUAACACCCUUUAAAAUAUGAGAUAUUGAUCAAAAAUAUGUUUGACUUGUUUUCUUUUAGUAGUUAGCUGUUCUCCCUCUUGAAUUGCAAUAUUGUUAUUCUCUAAUAAUUCUGCAAUGUGUAUUAAUGCUUUGA